CACAGAUACUGUUAGCCUGUUAGGUGUGUUGUAUAAAGUGGUGAAGGCAAAACAUGGACCCCGAGGAUAUUCAGGAACAAACUAAAGAGGAAGAAGCGGGAAAGGAGAAGAAAGGAUCUGAACCUGGAACAUCUAGAGAAGUAAAGAUCGCAAAACCUCACGUUGAUCUUACAUCAAGCAACGAUGACACCAGCCAUCCUUCAAUAAGUGAACCUCAACCUACUGUUUCUUCACAAGAUGUGUCCAUACCUGCUCCUAAGUCAACCCUUGGCGCACUCGCAACACCGAUGGGUAAUGUUAAAUUUGGAAGUGCACAUGCAGCAGUUAAAAUUCACCAACACCCAGAACCUGCUCAUGUCAACGUUCAACCACUUGCUGAAAAUCUACAAAGCCAGUUAGUUGAUCGUUCGAAACAAGUUAUUGGAGAAUCCAACAUGCCAAUACAACUUGAUCGUAAUAUAGAACCAGUAAGACUUGAGGUUUUAGAUACAAGAAACAACUGUUCAGUAACCAUCGACCAACUGUUUGACAAAACGUUGGAAAAGGCGCAACGUUAUACUGAAGAUCAGUCAGCAGAAUAUGCCAAACGGUACAUAGAAAAACAUGCUAACACUGUUUGGGUGGUUGGACCUCCAGGUGUUGGGAAGACCACUCUUUUAAAAAUGAUGGUAAAACAAAUUCUUAAGCAUGAAUUCCUACCUGACACUGAGUACAUCUUCUUUAUUAAAGUGAAAGACAUCGACUUCAACAAAGAGGUGACACUACUAGAGUUCCUAACCACCAACAGCAGGGUUAAAGUCAAUUACACUGAAGAGGAAAGCAAGGCUUUAAUUACAUUCUUACACAACAAUCCAAAUGUUGCCAUCUUCUUCGAUGGAUUGGAUGAAGCUUCAACGAAAGAAUUCGCCAUGACCUCCCACGUGUAUAAACUUGAUGGGAAAUACAAACCGGUCGAUAUCAUGCAAAAUUUGUUCAACCUCACAUUGCUACCCAAAGCUAAAAUAGUAGUCACAUCUACACCAGAUCAAAUGUUCAACCUGCAACAUUGUUAUCGACCUACUUCUCUAUUUGAGGUUCUUGGACUCCUGGAAGAAGCAAAGAAUAAUCUUGGAACACAGCUUUGUGGAGAGAAGUACCCAGCCAUCAAGAAAAUAUUGGACCAACAACCAAACCUUGCUCAUCUGUGUUAUUUUCCAAUUAAUUUUAUUCUCAUUGUGUCUUGUUUGCUAUCAAACGAAGGCAGUGAUAUUAAAACAAUGACUCAAGUUUUAAUCUUUUCCAUGACCAGGUUUGUAGAGUCUUCCCAUUUGAAAGAAGAGGUUCCCCUGGAUAAAGUCGGAGCUGAAAUGGUCAAACUUGCUCGCCUUGCAUAUGAGGCUCUUCAACAAAGAAAACUUGUUUUCGAGAAAAGUGACUUUGAUGAUGUGAAGCUGGCUGAUGAAAUGGUUACAAACUUUUUUCACACUUAUGUCGAUAAAUCAUCUGGAAUACAAAUGAAAAUCUUGAAAGGAAAUAAACGAAGUUACUUCACCCACCUCAUCUGGCAGGAAUUCUACACAGCUGUAUAUUUAAUGCUCUUUGUGUCGUAUCGUGAGUUCGAACAACUCAAAUCCAUCUUUAAAGAUACGCAAUGGAGCGUCGUUGUAAAAUUUAUGUUCGGAAUCUGUAAUCCUCAUGCAUAUAAACAACUGAAACUUAUUUUUCCCGCUACGAUGAUUAAAGAUUACGAAGAGAAGAAGAAGUUCAUGAAGUCAUUGGUGAUGGAAUCAUUAAGUUCAGCCAGGGGCGAAGAUUUGAUCCGACGGUUUGGUUGGCUUCAUGAAUACAAUGACGAUAAAUCUUCAAAGAAAUUUAAAGAUAGUCUUCCCGUUGAACUUAAGAUGGAAGUACCAAGUCAUCUUUCUGAGGUUGGAGACAUAGUUUAUGCAUUGAAGUCGUUUACAAAACCACACAAGUUGAGGUUGGAUUCAAAUAACACAACCACUAAAGUUUUGGAAACUUUGCUUCGUGGGGUUCAUGGCACAGCUACCACGAUUACAGAGUUGACCAUCGUCGGUUACAUGGAGAUGAAAGAUUCUCUCAUGGAGUCACUUCUACUUCAUCUUGAUGCGAUGGAGGAGCUUUGCUUUAUUCGUGUUACAAACCUGAGUCCUUACAUGGAAAGCUUAUCAAACGCAAUCAACCAACGUUCCAAUAAAAUUCAACUUGAAUUGGUGCAACAAAAAUUGUGUGGUCGUGACGCCAUAUACUUGGCUGGAUGUCUUGGCAACAUAUCUAGGCUGGUUAUGUGGGACACCUAUAUUUCAAGUGAUCAAUGUCGUGUAUUGAAACAAGCGAUACAACAACUUCCAUCCAUCCAGGAUUUUAAACUGGUUUGUCUCGGAGGUGGAUUUGGUUCCGGAAGCCUUGAACUUGUGAAAUGGUUUGUAGGAUUCAAAAGGCAAACCAAGGAGAAACCAGGAAUUAUGCCUAAGGUAAAGAUCGCAAAACAUCAUGCAGCUCCUACAUCAAGCAACGAUGACACCAUCGAUCCUUCAAUAAGUGAACCACAACCUACUGUUUCUUCACACGAUGUGUCGACACAUGCUCCUAACCCCACCCAGUUUGAAUCUUCAUCAAAAUGUUGGAUUGGAUCAAGUGGAGGAAAGUUGGAGGUUGGAGGAUGUGAGUUGGUUGUUCCUCCUGAAGCAUUGGAGGAAGAUGUGGAGAUUAAACUGACUGCAUCACUUCCACUAGAGAGUAAAUAUCUUGAAACUCCCAAACUUCAAUGUGAACCAGCAUCUCUUAAAUUCAAAGAACAAGUGACAAUAAAGUUACAAACUCAUGUUGUCUUGGAUAAAGAAACUGUUAGAAGAUGCAAGCUUCUACACAGUGAGGAUGGAAUAACUUGGGAAGAAACCAAAACUAAAUUAGAGUUUUCUGACAAUUUCAUCUCAUUUCAAACCAACCACUUCUCAUGGUGGAAAGUUAUUUUUGAAAUAAUAGAAAAAAGUGUUGCUUUUUUAUAUAAAGUUCAACUGAAUUUCUUGCUUUACCAAAACGCUGGCGCCGUGGUUUGGAAAGUUUGUUGGAAUCUUGAUUUAGCUACUAAAGAAAGUAUCUUGCAAGAAAACAAAUUCUCACAAGAAACCUGGAUCGUACCUGGAGGAAACGAUUUGAUUCUCUACAUUGCACCUCGUGAUGAAAACCCGAACGUUGGGAUCAUUCCAUCAAAGAUCACCAUACCUGCCGAUCAAAUAAAUAAAUCGUGUCAUUUUGACCGCCGGUUUGAGGUUCAAGGCCAGUUUUCCAGUAGAAUUUGGUUAAAAGCAAAACGUGAUUGUGGGAAUCUUCACGAAGAAGAGCCAAUUUGGUUUCCGUUACCCAACACACAAGGUCAACAACCGACCAAUCAAAUCGUUAAUAUGGUUGGGAACAAGUUGGACCACGCAGUAGUCCUUGGUAAGGAUGUCAAUAUUCAGUCAAGUUCUUCCAAGGACUAAUAUGAAUGGACCAAUGCAAUUAUUGAUUGAGCGCCUUUUUCGCAAUGUGAGCGGCUGGAGGCAUGUCGAGCCGCUUGGAAAAACGAGACCGUUGGCAGUUCUCUCUCGACUGUUAACAGCUCUCGACUGUUUCUCGACUCGAACUGUUUCUCGACUGUUCUCUCUCGACUGUUUGUUCGUGACUGUUAACAGCCAUUUUAUAUCCUGUUGCUUUUUAGUAUUGUUCAUGAGAAAAGUUUAUACGCGUGUAGUAAUCGGAAAAUUUCGCGUGUAGUAAUCGGAAAAAAACAACGGAAAUUUCCGUUACAUGGUUUCAGUAUAAGUUGAUGAAUAGGAAAUCUAAAGCUCAGUUGUUUGUUGUGGUUGUAUCACCUAAUUCUUGUAUAGCAAUACUGGUGGUUGGUUAAAGGAGAUGAAAUACGUUUGACAUCAAACACAUUGCAACAAUGUUGCUCCAAGUAAGGGAAUGUUAACGAUAUGUAAACGAACGAUUCAAAGCGUUUAUUUAACACAUGCCUUAUGCGGGGUUGAUAAUUAUAAUCCCUCCCUUUGGGGCUUCAACCUUUAUUUGCAACAAACCUAACCACUGUGGCGACUGAAACUUAGUCGGUCACAUUCGGUAUUGCGUAAUUACUGUCACGUGUUAUUUGCCUAUCGCCAUUGCGUAAUUACAGACACUACCUUCUUCUGUUACCGUACUCUCUCAAUUGCCCUUUUCUUACUGUUGUCGUUUUCGCACACGAAAGUGUGAAGUGUAUUCACUCUAAUAAAAACGAUCUUGGACUCAACAUCGCUACAA